UAUGUAGUCAAAGAGCUGCUGCCUUCUGAUAGACAAACACUUACACACAUUAACAUACUUACAAACACACACACACACACACACACGCACACGCACACACACACACACACACACACACACACACACACACACACACACACACACACACACACACACACACACAGAGGAGCAGAACCCCGCCCCCCUCCCAUUUGGACAACAAGCCUGGUGCUGGCGGGUGGCAGCAGGCUGGGGAUGGACCAGCUGGAGGAUCUGAACCACCUGGUGGAGCUGGAUGACCUAGAGGCCCAUUACAGCCUGGAGGAGAGUCUGCAGGACAGGAACCCUGGAGCAGCCCAGGACACCAGCAGCAGUUCUGCAGAGAGCAAAGAGAUCUUCCGAGCAAUCAGAGAAGGUGAUGAGAGCUUGCUCGAGGCGCUAUGUGCUGGAGAGAAAGACCGGUUGAAAGAGACAGACAGCAUUGGAUGGAUUCCACUUCACGAGGCUGCGGCACAGAGAAACAAGACCAUCCUAGAGCUCACAUACAGAGCGUCCGGGAAUGGCACUCUAGAGUGUCGGAAUGUUUGUGGGCAGACGGCCCUCAUGGUGGCGGUGGGGCGGGGCCUAAAGGAGAACGUCUGCUACCUGCUACAGCAGGGGGCGGGGCCCGACACCUCAGACAACAACAAGGACACACCCCUACAGCUUGCCGUGCGCUCUGGUCGCCCUGACCUGGUGGAUGUGCUGCUGUCUGGCGGCUGCAGUGUGAACCAGAGGGGCGUGUACGGGAGGACGGCCGUCCACGAGGCGGCCCAGCAGGGGAGCCUGCCGACGCUGCUCCGUCUGCUGGAGGUCGGAGGUCAGGUGGACCCCCGCAGCAACUAUGACCUCACACCCCUCGCCCUCGCCACUCUGGCCGGACACACAGACCUAGUCAGCAUCCUCCUGGAGAGAGGGGCGAGUGUGUCCUCCCAGGCCAAGGACGGGGCGUCCAUAAUGUACGAGUCGUGUGCGCGCGGGGUGCCUAGCAUCAUCCGGCAGCUGCUAGCACACGGAGCCGAUGCUAACGUCACCAAACUCACUGGACACCUACCGCUCCACCGGGCUGCCCACCGAGGACACCUGGAGGCUGUAGAGUUGUUGAUUCCGUGCACGUCUCUGGUGUGUAUUGAGGAAAGCGGGAUGAGUCCUCUACAUGCGGCUGCAGGUGGGGGACACACAUUCUGCAUCAAGGCCUUGCUUGACGCAGGCUAUGACCCUAACUUCAUGCUCCAUCACUGUGUACGCCGUAACUAUGACGACGAGAGGAGGUCUGCGCUGUCCUACGCCGUCUCCAACAGCGACCUGGCCUCAGUGAGGUUGCUGCUGGCCGCUGGAGCCCGGACCAAUCAGGACCCGGUCAGCUGUCUGCAGAUGGCGCUUCGUCUGGGUAACUUUGAGCUGAUCCACCUGCUGCUGCAGUCCGGAGCCAACGUCAACUACUACUCUACGGUCAACACCACCCACUACCCCUCCGCUCUGCAGUACGGCCUCCAAGACCCUGUGUUACUAAGGAUGCUGUGUAACUAUGGGUACGACGUGAAACGCUGUUUUGACUGCCGCUAUGGAGACGCUUCCCAUGUACCUGACGAUUAUGAGGGCUGGAGCGAUACUGUUAUCAAAGAUACCAUGUUCUGUGAAGUGAUGACGAUCUCCUGGCUCCGUCACCUGACCGGUCAUGUGGUCCGGAUCCUUUUGGACUAUGUAGAUCAUGUGACCCUCUGCUCGCAGAUCCAAUCAGCCCUCAGGGGGCAGGAGCAAUGGGCGGAGAUCUGUCACAUCCAGGAGAGCGCCCGCUCCCUGCAGCAUCUCUGUCGCCUGGCCAUCCGCAGACGUCUGGGCCUCCGUAAGCUCCGGGCGCCCGUCUUCAUCAGCCUCCUGCCAUUGCCCCGGCGACUGAAGGACUACAUCCUGUUCAGGGAGCAUGACCUGUACAGCCAGCACGAAACCCAGCCCUGAUAAACAUUGUGUGUGUGUGUGUGUGUGUGUGUGUGUGUGUGUGUGUGUGUGUGUGUAUCAUUAAGCGUGCCAUAUCAAGUUUUGUUCCCAAUUCCAUUAGAAUACUCCAGUCAUAGUUAUUUAAGGUUUGGUUCUUGCCUACUUGAACGGUUGUCAACCGUCUUGGUGGACCCUGGACCACAUUUUAGGCCAGAUGUGGAGAGUUGACACUGCUGUUUACAUGCACUUGUUUAUAUCUUCAACUUGUAUGUUGUCACAGAUGUCCUAACUUGUAACCAUACGAAAAAGGUUCCUAACGGAAUGAUAAAUGUAGUUGAUUUGAGACAAAUUAAACCAUUACUUUUAAUAGAUGGUCAAAUUAUAGUAUUUGGUUGUUAAGAACCAUAGAUUCCGUUUAACACACUAAAUCAAAUACUAUACAUCACAACAGGCCUAAAUAAAGUAAAGUACUUAUUUAGAUAUAUUUUUUAUAAAAUUGGCUUUCUUGAGCAUUCAUUAUGAUCUCGAAUGACCACUGUGAAUAUAUUUAUCAUUAUCCGUAUCCGUAUCUGUUUAAAUGCAUUCAUUUGUGUGUGUGAAAUAAAUACCUUCAGUAAAA